CCAACCUCAAAUCAAGCACAUGCACCUCGCAUGUCAACCAAAAAUAUUUUGCAAUUUAGAAUUUACUUUACAACUAUCAGUACCUUCUUAAUGUUAUAUUUUUGACUAAUUGCACUUAUUUUGCUUCUCCACUUAGUUAUAAUCAAUUGAGAGGAAGCAUCAUGGGGAAGGUUAAGUCUGCAAAAGGAAAGUCCAAGAAGAUAACGUGGAAACGUAUUAAGCAUCUUGAUGUCGACGAUUUUCUUGUUGAAAAGCGUCGUGACGAACGACUCGGUCUAUCUGAAAAACCGGAUGAAGAGCUUUUUCAAAUUGACCAGCUUGGUUUUGAUGACGAUUACGCUCAACUUGCACAAAAGAAGAAGGAUGCGGUCAAAAAGAAAUUUAGUCGACAAAAAGAUGGACCCCUGGUCGUAUUGGAGGACCUACAAUGUUUCAAAAUCCUUAAACCAGAUUCAGCCGUGAAGGAUCCAGUAAUUAAACGGAAUCCUAUCUUAAAAGGUGGUCUGAAAAAGACGCUUGACAUGAAGUUUAAGGACGAACUUCGUUACUAUCGUCAACGUGAGACAAGAUCCCAGACCAAGGCGCAGUCUUCCACCAAUGAGUUAACUGAUUUAUGGUCCACUACUGGUACUUCCACUGCGACGAACAGUGUACUUGAUAACGAAUGGCUAACUCCAGAUACGAAACGCAACAUUAUCCGAAAUCGGUCCAACUGGAAGCCAAUGCUUCAGAAGAAUGAAGUCGCUGCCGUUGAAGUUCCGCACCCUGGCCUUUCAUACAAUCCAUCAUUCUCUCACCAUCAACAACUCUUGGUCACAGCCGUGGCAAAUGUGAAAGCUAAACUGAAACAAGAGCAGAAAAUAGCGAGGGCAACAUCUACACCUAAAUUUGAGGGCGAUGGAACAAUACCAGAGGUUAAAGAUGAAGAGGAAGAUUCCGAAGAAGAUGACGACAAGAGCCGCUUCAGAAAACUUCCCAAACCAAAAACGAAACAGCAGAAACGCAAAGAAAAAGAACAGAGAGAAAGGGAAGUGAAGUUGAAGGAACAGAAAGACAAGGCUAAGAAAGAGUCAGAAGUGUUUCGUGUCAAGACUUUAAACAAACAAAUAAAGACGGCCGAAGCCAAGAGCAAAGCCCGUUUGGAGAAGAAGGUCGCCAAAAAGGUCGCCCGUGAGAAAUUUGGGGUUAGGACAUUGUCGAAAUUCAAAUUUGAACAGAAAGAGACCCAACCCCUCUUGAGUGACGAAUUACCAAAGGGACUCAUGGGUGCAGGUGGCUCAACCGCGACAGGAGAACUUCUUCUCGACAGAUUUAAAUCACUUCAAAAAAGGAACGUUAUUGAACCAAGAAUGAAACACAAGCAAAAACGCAAGAACAAGCCUAAACUUUAUAUUCGCGACUGUGACAAGAUGGAAUGGGAAAAAACUGGAAUGUGGAAUGGUGAAAAACUGAGCCUUCCCAGUGGGCGAAGGCGACCAAAGGUUCCCCAACGCAAGAAGAAGACGAAAAAAUUUAAUAAAUGACGCAGCUAGAAAUUUAGUUUAUUUUUAUUGCGGAUUAAAGAUUUUUUAAUUAAAAAUUUUUGCAAAAAUCAAAA